AGAGCAAAAGGCGUUGCCGUUGCUUCCAACCCCGAAGCCGUCAUCUGUCACGUCGACACUGACAGCAACAUGCGGCGAACACAAGGCCACAUACUUGACCCAACGAAACCUUUGGGAAAAGCACACACCAACUCGGACAUUUCGUUCGUUGGAACCCAAGCGGACGGGGCGGACGUUUCCCGCCUCUAUUCGGCGAUCUCCGCGUCCCGCCGUGCUGACCCAGCCGCUCGCGAGCCAGCCUUAAAGCUUACGUGACAGCAGCCUGCUUCUCUUGCUUCGAUCGCCUGCUCAUCUCAUCUCAUCUGAAGAAAGACUUCAUCGAUUAGCAAUGGGCAAGUCGGGUUCUCCUUCCCUUGUGUUGCUGCUGGUUGCUGCCAUGGCGGGGGCGACGGUGUUCGUCGCGUCGUCGCCGGUGGCCGGAUUGCCGGAGGCGGAGCCCCCGUUCCCGAACCCGUGGCUGGCGUUCCAGAACCUCUCCGGCUGCCACAUGGGCGACGAGCGGGACGGGCUGGCGAGGCUAAAGGACUACCUGAGCCACUUCGGGUACCUCCCGGAGGCGCCGUCGUCGUCGCCCUUCAGCGACGCGUUCGACGCCGACCUGGAGGCGGCCAUCGCCACGUACCAGCGCAACUUCGGCCUCAACGCGACGGGCUUCCUGGACCCGUCCACCGUGUCCCAGAUGGUCGCCCCGCGCUGCGGCGUGGCCGACGUCGUCAACGGCACGUCCACCAUGGACCGGCGGAACGCGUCGUCGGGGCACGGCCGGCACCUCUACACGUACUUCCCCGGCGGGCCCAUGUGGCCGCCGUUCCGCCGCGAGCUGCGGUACACGAUCACCGCGACCGCGGCGACAUCCAUCGACCGGGCGACGCUGAGCGCGGUCUUCGCGCGCGCCUUCGCCCGGUGGUCCGACGCCACCACGCUGCGGUUCGCGGAGACGGCAUCCGAGGCCGACGCCGACAUCACCAUCGGGUUCUACGCGGGGUCGCACGGCGACGGCGAGGCGUUCGACGGGCCCCUGGGCACGCUGGCGCACGCCUUCUCGCCGACGGACGGGCGGUUCCACCUGGACGCUGCGGAGGCGUGGGUCGCCGACGGUGAGACGUCCUCCAGCCCGGGCGCGGUGGACCUGGAGUCGGUGGCGGUGCACGAGAUCGGGCACCUGCUGGGGCUGGGCCACUCGUCGGUGCAGGGCGCCAUCAUGUACCCGACCAUCAGGACGGGGACGAGGAAGGUGGACCUGGAGGCGGAUGACGUGCAGGGGAUCCAGAGCAUGUACGGGACCAACCCCAACUUCAAGGGCGUCGCGCCGACGUCGCCGUCGACGAGCAGCCGGGAGAUGGACAGCAGCGCCGGCGCCGGCUCCCGGCCGGGCGGCCGGUUCGUUGCGGUAGUUGUGGCGGUUGGCCUGCUGCUCCUACUGUCACUGUAGAACGCCUGGCCGCCGUGACGGUCACGCCACGUUCGUCUCUGCAGGCUCUGCCACGAUUGCUAGUUCGAUUGGCCACUGAUAUUUUUGGGUAGAUUCUUCUGUACAUACUACUGCCAUUGAUUUUUGGUAUACAGAAUAAUACUUAGAUUACACGCAUCACAUA